AUGCCACCUCGGCUCAACAAAAGACAACUACGGGAACAAGAAGAACUGUUGGAUCUCCAGGAUGCUGUUGAAGAUGGGUCUGAGGAAGAGAGCCCGGUCGCGCCAUCGUCGAAACCCCAACUAGGAGGAUUCGCCGCACUCAUGUCGGGACAAAAUGACGACGACAAUGAUGAGAGCGAAGAGGAGACACAGACCCGUUCAUCCAAGUCCAAGAAGGCUCGUGAGCUCUUUCCAUUUGCUCCUGCGCCUCCUGUCGCUGUCCUCCUUCAACCCGCCCAUGAAGCCCCCUCAUCGCCGGCAGGCCCCUCUAAGAAAGAGCGCAAAGCCCUCAAGAAGCAGAAGGCGAAGGACAAGGCGAAGGAAGACGAGAUGGACGAUGUCGACAAGGCACUCGCCGAGCUCUCCGUCAAGUACCCCGACUUGAAGCAGCAGCUGGUAUCCUCCGCCGCUGGGCCUGCGUCCUCCCCGGUGAGCGCGCGCGAUCUCGCAGCGCUCCUCGCCGUAUCGGUGCAACAUCUCGAUAGCGAAGCGGAGCUCCGCAAGUUCUUUGGGUCCAAGGUCAUCUCCGCAGCGAAGGUGUCCUCGUCGAACCCACAUACACCCGCCCGGCAGAGCGCCGCGAAACGAUCGAACCUUACAAGACCUCAACCGGACUGGUGGCCCGCGCAGUUCAGGGAGGGCCUGUCGGUACAAGUCCUUACGGAGGAUGACAUGGAAGGGAGCCUGAAGCGGCAUCUCAGGCAGCCGGUGCAUGGGGAAAAGGUGUGGACCGUGGAGUACAGCAAGAAGUACCGUGCGGUUACGUUCGACUUCAUGCGCACAGUCAUGUCAGGAGAUCCCGAUGGAUUUUAUCACAUCCUCCGAUUGCUCCCCUACCAUGCAGACACGCUUCUUCAGCUGUCUGAGGUUUACCACCACCGAGAAGAGCACAGUACAGCGGCAGAUUACGUCGAUCGGGCGCUGUUCACCUACGAACGUGCCUUCGUCGGAGCAUUCAACUUCACGAGCGGCUCGAAUCGGCUCGACUUCGACCGCAUCGAGAACCGCCCCUUCUUCCUUGCGCUACAUCGACAGAUCAGCGAUUUGCAGCGUCGUGGCUGCGUCCGCACAUCUUUCGAAUUUGCUCGCCUCCUCUACGCCCUUGACCCAUGGACCGAUCCUCACGGCGCGCUUCUACAUUUGGACUAUCUCGCGAUCAAGACGAAUAUGGGCCAGUGGCUCAUUGACCUAUGGGACGUCUUCGAAUCGGAGAUCAAGAAGGAGGCCAAGGAUGGUAAGUCACCGUAUGUCAGGCGGAUGUUACCAAACCUUCUUCCGGGUAUUGCGUAUUCGCGUGCGCUUGCCUUGUUCAUUCGAGAAGGCGACAUGGACCACGAACGCAGCACGGAGGCGUUAAAGGAGGCCAUCCACACCUUUCCUUCCGUUGUCCCCCUUCUCGCCGACAAAGCCGACAUCACACUAGGAGGCAACAUCCGGCAGCACCCAUCCUUCAGGAUACAGGUUGACAGAAGUUCCCUGUUGUCGGACAGCUUAGCCAUCUUGCACCUGCUCUCCCGCCUCUACGCUAACCGCGCCGGUGCACUCUGGAAGUCCUCCGAUCGCGCCAGCUGGUUCUCCAAGACCGUCGCCGUGACCUACACCGCCCUCCCGUCAAGCUCGCCCGCGCCCCCGAAGGCCUUCUCCGCGCGGUUCGACGCGCCCGCGCUCUCCGCCGCGGUCUACCGCCACGUGCUCGUCACGGAAGCCUCGAGCCGGUCGCUGUUCACCUUCCUCCCGCGCGCGGUGCUCGACGGCCGCGCGCUCGCGUGCGACCCGCUCCCGCCGCCGACGCGGACGACGGAGUACGACGGGAACUUCUUCCGCGGGGUCGAGGAGCUGCUCGCGGCGCGCCCGCGCUCGCGCCGGCAGGAGGCGCGGAUGCUCGAGCGGCUCGUGCCCGACGGCGCGUUCCGCGCGCAGCUGCUCGGCUUCUGGGACGCGCACCCGACCGUGCAGCAGCGCUUCCCGGGCGGGGUCGUCCAGUUCGCGCAGUGGGCGGGGCAGAUGCCGGAGGAGGCGCUCGAGGACCUGUUCGUCGAGAUCGAGAACCAGCCGCUGCAGGAGGGCGGGGAGAUGCCGGGCGGGAUGCCCGGAGGCGAGUUCAUGGUGGACUUCGUGGACCCGGGGGACGUGGAGGAGGCUGCGGAGGAGGGUGGGGUGCAGCUCCGGCGGCCGGCGGAGGCGGUGGCUGAGGAAGAUGACGAAGAGGAGGAGGAAGAGGAAGAGGAAGAAGAAGUGGCGGCCUUGUCAGUGCGGCUUCUGCGCAACGUCUUCAAUCGAUUCUGGGGUGGAGGACAGGCCACUCGUGAGGACUCAUCCGACGAAGAGGAGCAGCUGCGAGACACUGGAGGCGUUGACUAG